CAGGUGAACUUCAUGUUCCAGGAAGGAAGGCUGGUCUGUUGUUCUGGCUCUGUGUAUAUACACUUAUCUCCUGCACACACAUUAAUCACAAUGUGGGAACUAAUUAUAUCUCCUUCGCACGCAGUAGCAUUUCAAACACUCGAUGUAGUAAAAUGUGGCCUCAAAUGUUGUUUGUUUUUUGCCCAUGUCCCCUCAGGGACUCCGUAUGUUGGUGAUGUGCAGGAGGUGGAGAGGGAUGCAGGUAUAAAGCAGGUGGGCUCAGGUGCAGCAGUGAGCGACUCUCUGGAGCAACAGAGAAGAGGACGAAGCAUCACUGCUGACUGAAACUGAGGCUGCAAACAGGGAGUCAUGUGGAGGUUGGUGCUGACGGUCAGUCUGCUGUGCUGCAGCUCUGAGGGCUCAGUGACCUGCAGAGAUGAGAACAACGGUGAAGUGGACUGGUACAUCUUAUACAAGACACCCAGAAUUCAAGAUAAAGGGCUGACUGGUUUGGAUUAUGUUUACAUUUAUCCAGCUGGACAGAAUAAUGUAACGUCUCAGCCUAACAAAAAGCUCAUCAAUGAUCCUAACGGCAUCCUGGCAAACACCCUGCAUCCGCUCUUUACUCCACCACCAAACUUUGGAUUCAUCAGCUACAACGAUCAGCCUCCGGAUUAUAUGAAGAAGAGUGUUUCUUCUUCAUACGGUCACAGUAAAGGGGUUGUGAUGGUGCAGAAGAACCGCAGAGGAGUCUGGCUGUUACACAGCACACCACAUUUCCCUUACAAGAGAGAUAAAAAUCAUUUCUGGCCUGAAAGUGGAGCAAGUAACGCUCAGACGUUCAUCUGUGUAACGUUCAACUACGACCAGUUUGAACAUAUCGGUAAACACCUGCAGUACAUCAGAGCGUACCCAUUCGAUCAUCAUAUUCCAUCAGGCUUUUAUAAAGAGCUUCAGGACGCUGCAGAGAAGAAAAACCCCUACAGAACCCUCAAAACCCACAAAAAACCUAAGGUGGAACCUGAUAAGUUCCAGCAGCUGGUAUCCAGUGGAGGGAAGAAGUUUUACAGCAUUGCUAAACAACGGUCCAGUAAGGUAGAGGUUGGAGAUCUUUACGUCACUAUCUCGGAGAAGGUCAACAGUGAUGUGGAUGUCCAGAGCUGGGGCCGCCAGCAUGAGCGUGAUGGUCCCUUUUGCCCUACAAAUGGAGAAAAAGUGCAAAAUAUCGAAUCUGUAAAAACUGGUUUGGGUGAAUGGGAUGCUGGCGAUGAUCAUUCAAAGUGGUGUGUAGCUGUGGAUCAGAAUAAACCCUGGACCUGUAUUGCUGAUGUAAACAGAGCAAAGACACAGUAUAAGAGGCCGGGGGGAGCGCUGUGCGUUAAAGAUGCAGAAAUAACAAACAUAUUCAAGAGCUUUGCAGUGAGUGUGGAAGGUUGUUCAGGUCCACGAAAACAUGGACACUGAUAGAUGCUCAGACUCAGACUGACACUUAUACUAAUAAAUAAAUGAUUAAAUAAAGUUGACUCUGACAGUGGAGCUCACUCUUCAUCCUGAUUGGAUGAAUAAUUUUUUAAAUGUUGUUAGAUUCUGUCAAACAUACGGUGGUAAAAUGUUAGAUGGUGUGAUAGACUUCAUUAAUCAGACAGCAGGAUUGGCUGAUGUUGUGUUGAAUGAUAAUCUGUAACUCUGUACUGAGUGAAGUUUCUCCA